GGGGGAGUACUAAAAUACGCAUGAUCACCACCACAUCCUCUACAGCUGCUCUCAGGAGAUUUAGACAACAUAAUGGUUAAAAUGUUGGCAGCGGCCUGAAGCCCUGUCUAUAGCACUUACAAUUAUUUUAAUGAAAAGAUGCUUCUGGUGAGGAGAGAAAAAGCAGAGCAAAAAGCAGCCAGCUUGGAGAAGAAGUUGGCAGAGGUCACAGACAAGUUAUCCUCUUCCAUGAAUAUAGAUAUCAAAGGACAAGAAGAUCCUUUGGGAUUUUUAGUAAUAAAGUUUCCAACACUCUUGAAGGAACAUUCACUAGAAAAGACAAGAAUUACACUUCUUGAAAAAGCCUUGGCCACUCAAGAAAUGGAGCUUAAAGCUAGUAGGGAAACAAUAGUGAAUCUUGUUUCAGAAAUGAAAAAGGAGCAAAGAACAGCAGCUGGCCACACUGAACAACUGGCAAUACUAAAGAAGGAGAAGGAUGAGGCUGUAUUGACCAAGAAGACCUUUGAAAGGAAUAACACCAUUCUCUUAGAAAGAUUGAAAGACAAGCAAAUAGCUUGGGAUAACUGUUGCCAAGAACUGCUCCAUAAAGAGAAAAAAUUCACUGAGUUAGAUAGAGCUCUGCAUGCCUCCAUAUAUGAGACUAAAACUACACAGACCCUAUAUCAAACCUUCAUCAGUCAACUGGCUACACUUCUGAGCAACACCUUCAUAACUGUGGCUGGGACAGAGGAAGCUAUUAAAGAAAGGAUACAAGAAAUCUGUGGCAGUGAACAUUCUUGGAAAUCUAAAACUGAUGAGCUGCAGCAGAAAAUUCUGUCACUAAUCAAUCAGCUAGAGAAGCAGCGUGAUCUAUAUCAUGAGGCUCUGAGUAAAUCCUAUAAAGCUGAAGAAGUGCUUCAAAAACAAAAGGGAUCCCUAAAGCGCGUGGAAAAAAAGCUUGCUGCAGAAGAUUUGCUCUUAGAGAAAUUUAUCUCCGAAAGGAAGAAACACAUGGAGUUUCUACAAGAGCUGACAGAGAAGCUACAGAUUAAUCAGGUUAGCUCACCAGAAAGUCUGCACUGCCAAUAUGAAAUGCUCUUGAACAAAGCAGAACAGCUCAGUAAACUGGAUAUGGAAUAUCUUCUUGAGAACAAGAACUGCAUCUUUAAUUUGCAGAAGAAGGUAAAUUCUCAAAGGGAAAAAAUCAAAAUGAAGAAUUGGCAGAUAGAACAACUGACAGAGAAGAUCAAACAGUUUGAAAAAGGAAAAGAGCAACAGGUCUGCUUGAAUGCUGGUCAGGAUCCACAGAGCCUGAAAGCCCAGACAGAAACUGAGAAACUUCAAGAACAGCUUAGUGAAAUGAAAAUGUCAAAUCAAACUCUCCGGGCAAAAUUUGUGAGUGUAAAUGAUCUCAAAAACAAAACCAUAGAAGAACUCAGUAAAUCUUUGGAAAAAGUUGAAAAGAUUAAGGAGAAAGCAGCUAGAAAGGUGGUCAGUUUGAAAACAGAACUAGACUACACAGAACAUGAGGCAAGGAAGGAGAAAGAGAGGGCCCAUCAUAUGUUGGAAGCAGUCACUAAUGAGCUCCACAUAGCAAAAAGAGCACUUGAAGAAGUAGCAAGAAGAGAAAAACAGCUUGUUGACUUUAGAGAAGCCAUUACGAAGAUUAUGAGAUUUCCCAUAAAUACAUUGGCUAUAUCAGACAAGGAGAUCAUCAGACAACUAAAGCAACUUAUACAAGCCUAUGAAAUUUCUAAAGUUACUUCUAACAGUGAAUCCAAACUUUCAUGUGGUUUUACAACUGGAUUUGAGAAUCAGUAAUGUGUAUUUUGCUUCUUCUCAACACAACCUAGAUUUUAGUGAGGAUUUCUAGAUUUCUGUAAUAUCAUAGCUAUCAUAAUCUAGUGAUUAGCACACAGGAUUGGAAGUCUGGAUUAUAUUCCUGGUUCUGUCACUUAAUUGCAAUGAUACCUUGGGCACUCUCUGGCUCAGGUUCCCUAGACAAUACUUAUCUGCCAUAAAGUUGUGUUCUGAGCCUUAAUUAUUUGUUUAAUGCUUUGAAAUCCGUGGACGAAAGACAUCAUAUAAGGAUAAAGUAUCAUUAUAUUAACUUUGCCAAAUCAUCAAACAAUUUUGAAGAGUACCACCUACUAAAUAAUUUAAAUGUA